AUGGAACAAAGUCUGGGCCAAAAGCUUCCGAUUGGACGUCUUGAAAAGGCGGUCUCGCCUUCUGAUGAAGCGGGCAAGCAGUGUACUGAACAGGCCUAUGUCAAGCGACCAAGAAGAAGCAAACCAAAAGUCAAAACGGGUUGCAUUACCUGCAAGAGUAAGGCCGACCGUCCGUGGGCAUUGGUGAAGAAGCUAAUGCUUGAUAUCGAUCCCAGUCCGACGGGUAAAUGCGACGGUUAUAUUAGAUUCUAUGAAGAUCCGAACUCGACCUAUGGUAAAUGUGCUGUGGCAGAGCCUCGCAGCUCGGCGAUGGUCGUGAUACCGAAUCCGGUUUUCGAUACGCGGGGCAGCGUUGAGGAACGACGAUGCUUUGACUUCUUUCUCAAUCGAACUGCGUCUCAGCUGUCAGGCUUUUGGGACUCAGAUUUCUGGGACUGCUCAAUACUCCGAGCGACUCAUCACCAACCGGCUAUAAGGCAUGCAGUUCUCGCACUGGGCUCUCUACACGAGCGUUUCGAAGCUGGAGACAGGUCCGUUAUGAAUCCCAUAUGGAAUAAAGGAGAAGGCGGCUUUGCUCUGAAACAAUAUAACCAAGCUAUUCAACAAUUGAUCAAACCUGCGAGCGAGGGCCAACAAGCCGUCGACGUAUGUCUUAUUGCUUGCAUGCUUUUCGUAUGCUUCGAGACAUUGCGCGGCCACCAUGGAUCGGCCCUCUCCCACGUAAAUAGUGGCGUAAAAAUUCUGUCCGAGGUGGAGUUCAACAACAAUGGCGAGCAACACCAUGGAGUGCUAACGGCGUCACCGCAUCCUUUUGUGAAUCUUCAGGAGCUUGAGAUACUAUUCAACCGAUUGGAUGCUCAAGCAGCUCAGAUGGUUGGAACUCGACCGAUGCUACUCCAGAAGCGCCCAAGAGACAUGGAAAAGGGGUUUUGUCCCGAGAUCCCCGCCGCAUUUACUUCCUUAGAACAAGCCAGAAAUUCUUCGGAUUACCAUUGGAACGGUUGUAUUGAGUUCUUGAACGAACUCCAGAACAACAAUGGGUACCCAAAGAGCAGAGGGAUUAGAGGUCAAGGGCCUCUCGACGCUCUUAGGACAACAGAAGCGGCUCGACAAGAAUAUUUCGAUGUCUUUGGAAGAUGGCUUGUUGCAUUUCAAGGCUAUCUGCAAAACCAUGAAAAAUCAUUGGACAGCAGAGGCUUGCAAGCGGCGCGUACUCUGGAGAUUAGCCACAACUUCGCCAUGAUAUACCUAAAUGUCAGCACUGUCGGUGUCUUCAAUGAUGAGACAGCGUGGGACAUGUUCACCGAGCAUUACGAACGUGUUGUAAACUUGGCCGCAUUGAUCAUCAAAUCCUCGACUUGCAAUGGGUUCGCCAAAAAACGAGGCCCUGACUUUACCUUGGACAUGAACAUUAUUGCCCCUCUCUAUGCCGUGGCCCACAAGUGCCGUCAUCCCAUAAUACGCAGGAAAGCCAUUUCUCUCCUGUACGCAGCCCCACGCCAGGAAGGUAUCUGGGACAGUAUUCUCACGGCGCGCGUUGCCGAGAGACUCAUUGGCAUCGAAGAGGCCGGACUCGGCAAUGUCACUUGUAGCGAGGAUGUACCCGACUGGGCACGGAUAUCUGACGUUGAGGUCAAAUUUGAUCCGCAGGGACGCCUGGGGACUGUCAAAUAUAGUCGCCAACGAAGUCCUCUGGAGAAGGUGCGAGAUACCGUCAUAGAGUGUGUCAGGUGGUGA